AAAAUUUAAUCAAACUAUACUGAUAGACGGAUUGUAAAACGAACUAAAAACUCGUCAAUUAGACUUAAGCUUUGCAUUAUCAUCAUCAUCGUCAUAACCAUCAUCGGCAUCAAGCAUAAGAAAUGACUAUGUUUCAGAAGCAUAACGCUGAGCAAACUGAUGUCUACCAAUAUGCUAUCGCUACAGCUUUCAUCUGUGCUGGUUUAAUGGGUUUAUGGCUUCACCUGAAGAAUCUUUCACGUUUAUCAGCAUUGAAUUCAAUCUUACCACGUAAUCUGGUGAAACUGCAUUAUUGCCUGGCUGUGGCUUGUUUGGGUAGUAUUUCGCCUUCUCCAUUCACUGCACUUGGUGCUUAUCUGAAAAGGUGGCCUUUUGGUAAUUUUGGUUGUCACUUAUAUGGAUUUCAUGGGAUGUUUUUUGGAAUGACAUCAAUCUAUCUAUCCUGCUUCAUUUGUUUUUUCACUGCAGUCGAUAUACUAAAUUUGAAACACGUUCGAUGUCUAACACCAAAAAGAUGUAACUGCGUCAUUUAUGGAAUUUGGGGAAUCGGACUAUUAUGGGCUGUUUUGCCAAUUUUUGGAUAUAGCAAAUAUACACUGGAACCCCAUCAAACAUCCUGCUUACUUGAUUGGAAUAAUUUGAAUGAAAAUCAUAAUAUGGCAUAUUUGUAUGCAUUAUGCAUAAUUGGUUAUGCACUUCCAGUGGGUAUGGCAAUCUGGUCUCAGUAUAUGAUGAUGACGCAACAGUCGAUGAGUAGUCCUAAGAAGACUGAGAAGAAUGAUGACAAAAUUAAAAUGCUGAUAAAGCUGAAUAAUUCAAUUCUGUUGAUCACUAUCGUUGGAUGGUUACCAUUUGGUGUGUUGACGUUAAACGCCUUACUGUCCAAUCCAAUAGCAAUCAGUCCAUUUAUAUACUACUUUCCACAAUUAAUGGCAAAAUUUGGUGAAGCACUGAUGCCUAUAGCUUACAGUGAAACUUUGAAACGAUUGGAAAACUGUAAAAAGACUGAAUGAAUGAAUGAAUGUGCAAACAGUAUUUCAAUGAUUGUUGACAAUAUAUUUAAUCAAUGUUCAAUUCUUUGCAGGUUAUUUAGUGUUUAAAUUUGAUGAAUAAAAUGUUGACAUGUAGUUGUUUA